AUGAGUAGGAAGGAGCUUAAUAUUGAUGAGAAUGAAGAAGAAGCUAAAAGUUGUACUGUAAUUGAAUUUAAUGAAAACAUGAGCGAUAAUUUAAAGAUUGAACAAGGUUACGAGAGUCAUCAGUCUUUAUUAAGAGAGCCUGCAAAUAAAACGAUUGAUCAGCACAAGAGACCUACUCUAAGUGAACCUAGUGACUGCAUCUCCCUCGCUCAGCUUUUAUCUCUUAUAAACACUAAUGCUUUUUUCAACAUCGUCAAAUAUGAUUACCUUUGUGCGUUCUGUUCGUUGGUUGGUGAUGAUAAAUUCCAUUUAAAUUUUAAAAAUUUCCUCGAUACCGUAGAAACACUUUUGAACACUUAA